CAAUGAGAGCAGAGGUCGACAGAAACUGACGUACGGGGGCUCGUAAGGGCUCUUCCCCGCCGUAAAGCGAACCUGCGCUUUGGGAACUCGUGGAGGCGGGGUGGUACGGUUGAAAGACUAGAUCGCGAAGCUUUGAAAAGCGCGGGCCGUAUCCGGGCACCUGGGUCGUCGAGCUGAGGCGCGCCUUCCGAGCCUGGUUUUUAGAACGGUUGGCAGCCAUGCUGAAAUGCGUGAUGAGCGGCAGUCAAGCGAAAGCUUGCUCUAAGAUCUGUGAAUUCUUCUCGGUCGGCAUAUGGAUGUGUUCUGUUCUCUCCUGUGUUUUUUCAACAUUAUCAAUGGUCAACUUUAGUGAAAAUGAAUGAAAAUGAACAUGACACAACAUUGAAUUUAAAAUGCAAGUUGGGAAUGAAGUCAAUUUUGCCUAUCUUUAGAUGUCUGAAUUCCCUUGAAAGAAAUAUAGAGAAGUGCAAAAUAUUCACCAGAUCUGAUAAAUGCAAAGUAGUUAUUCAAUUUUUCUACAGACACGGUAUUAAAAGAACUCAUAAUAUAUGUUUUCAAGAAAGUCAGCCUUUGCAAGUUAUUUUUGACAAGAAUGUUUGUACUAAUACACUAAUGAUUCAACCAAGAUUGCUUGCUGAUGCCAUUGUUCUUUUUACAUCAAGUCAAGAGGAAGUUACUCUUGCUGUUACUCCACUGAAUUUUUGCCUCAAGAGUUCUAAUGAGGAAUCAAUGGAUUUGAGCAAUGCUGUGUACAGUGAGAUGUUUGUUGGUUCAGACGACUUUGAUUUCUUUCAAAUUGGAAUGGACACUGAGAUAACGUUUUGCUUCAAAGAAUUGAAGGGAAUACUGACAUUUUCAGAAGCGACACAUGCUCCUAUAUCCAUUUAUUUUGAUUUUCCCGGGAAACCUCUGGCUUUAAGUAUUGAUGAUAUGUUAGUGGAAGCUAACUUUAUUUUGGCCACAUUAGCUGAUGAGCCAAGUAGAGCGUCUUCACCACAGUCACUGUGUCUUUCACAGAAACAAAAAAGGUCAGAUCUGAUUAAAAAAAAGGCUGGUAAAAAUGCAACUGGCCAGACCCUGGAAUGUAUAUCAAGAAAAGCAGCACCAAGAAGGAUUUAUCCUAAGGAGACUCUCACAAACAUCUCUGCACUGGAAAACUGUGGCGACCCUGGAAUGAAAAGAGCAAAUGGAGACAUCAGUGAAGUAUCAGAAAGCAGUGUCAGCAACACAGAGGAAGUGCCAGGGUCUCUGUGUCUCAGAAAGUUUUCUUGUAUGUUCUUUGGAGCAGUUUCUUCUGAUCAGCAAGAACACUUCAACCACCCUUUCGACAGUCUGGCAAGAGCAAGUGACAGUGAAGAGGACAUGAAUAAUGGCAGUUUCUCUUUAUCUUAAUGCUUAAUGAUGGCUGAGCCGGCCCCCAGCCCAGUGACCGGCUCACUUGCCCCUCAAGCACGAGUUUGCAUGUUUAGUGUCUUAAAGAGGUUGUUCCAGACUUCCUUGGAAUGGAGGAUGGGCAUUAAAACCACAUCAUCUCGUACAACAGCCAGAUCUAGAAAUAGCUGCUUGUCAAGUGUAUGUAACUUGCUUUAAAUCCAUUAUGCUACUUCGGAGGUAGAAAGGUUUUCUAUGAAAGAAAAAAGCCCAUUAGAGUUCUUCAAUUCAGUGUACGUUCACCCUAGCACUUUUAACAUCUUUGCUAGUUAGUUUUAUAUAAAGGUAUUUAAACUUUAUUCAGCCAUUUGGAGUGCUUCAAGAUGGCUUGAAAUGGAAUUUUGUGAUUUGUCGUCAGGUAUCUUUUGUAUUUGAUUGCAAACAUUUGGAUUUUAGUUUUCUCAUGUAAUACCAUGGCCUUUUUUGUCCAUUGUUUUUAUUUUAAGACUUUAAGUAGAAUAAACGCUGGAAAAAAGAUCAAGAAUAAAAAUUAUAUAUAGUCACCUUCACUUGUUUUUUUUUUUAGAUGUAGUCUUGCUCUGCCACUCAGGCUUAAGUGCAGUGAUACAAUCUCGGCUCACUGCAAUGUCUGUCUCUUGGGUCCAAGUGAUUCUCCUGCCUCAGCCUCCCAUGUAGCUGGGAUUACAGGUGUGCACCCUAUGCCUGGCUAAUUUUUUGUCUUUUUAGUACAGGGUUUCGCCAUGUUGGCCAGGCGGGUGUUGAACUCCUGACCUCAAGUGAUCCACCGCCUCAGCCUCCCAAAGUGCUAGGAUUACAGGCUUGACCACCGUGCCCAGCCUGUAGUGUUUUUAUAGAUUGUAAAAUUUUAUUUCCUAACUGCAAAUUGUUCUGAUUUUCAGAUGUGAUUUUUGAUUUUUCAGUGUGAUGCAGAAAAGAAUUUAAUGGAAGUGAUGCCAAAUAUUUCUGUAUUAUCUGACAUAGAGCAGUAUCCUCCACUGCCAAGACAGCUGAGUUUGGAGUAGAAAAAGGUGGAAGACAAAUGUCUGUUAUUUGGCCCUUUAAGAGUUAGCUUUUUACCUGCACAAAUGGACUAAAAAAUCUGGCACAAAACAUUGUUAUGUAAUGUCUUAUGAUGUGUGCCUCUCCCUCCCCCAAACCUGUUUACAGUCAAUUAUAACCUGACAAACGAGACUUUUGUAACAUCUUAUUGUUAAUUGUUUCUACAACCUUCAAACCGUAAGGAAGUGUUAACUGGCAAGCAAUUGUACUUUAGACUUUGUGAGAAAUACAUAAAGGUGGCUGAGUAGAUUAGCAUGCUUUAGAACUGUGAAUAGGGUUCUAACUGAAACCAGAAUGAAUUUGGCUCUUGUAGCUUAGUAAUGAGUCAUAGCUACCCACAAUAACAUAAUAAAAACUCAAGUUCAUCCCAA